GAAUGAGCUUCUUUUAGUGUGUAUCGAGAUCUCAAAGCAAGUCAGACGUGUAAAUGGAGUGCUGUGAAGUGUGAUUACAAAUAUUUUUUUUUUAUUUCAAUUUAUAUUUUCCUUUCCUCUUCACCGCUCGAUGACUGCUCCGAAAUUCGUAUUGUGCAUCAGUGUGCGCGCUUAGAUCGAGCGGGGUUUGUCCGUACUGCUAUUGCUAGUGGUGGUGAUUGUGUGUGUGCUCGGUACGCUGCCGUCUGUCAGCUGCCGCCGUGGAAUACUGUAUCUUAUCCGGGAGGUAUUACGGAAAUUUACUCUCGCAGCGAUUGAAAUUAAAGCGAAUCACGAAAGCGGCAAAUCAUAAAUAUGGAUAACUACGUCAAGAACUUACUCAACGGCUGGAAUAUGUCAGAGCUGAUCAAAAUUUUCCAAGAGGAGGAAAUCGAUGAAAGUGCAUUCAAGUGUCUGAAAUACGACAUGAUUAAGGAGAUAAUCCCGAAGGUGGGCAAACGGGCCAAGUUUGUCCAAAAGUACGAGGAAUAUAAAGAGAAUCUAACGGAACGGCCGGCAUUUAGCGAGCUGCAGCUGGAUGAGAAGGACCAAUCAACCAAGGCCUCGCAGAAACCCCCGCAAAUCAACUGGCCUCGAAUCGAACGGGUCUGCGGCCCGGUACCGAUCUACCUCAAGAACCUGCUGAAGAUGUGCGGCUACGAGCAGGAGAGCAGCCUGCGAAACCUGAACGACGACGAUUUCGUCGACAUGGAACGCUUCGCUCGGGAGGAACUGAUCCAUCUAGUGCCGUCGACGCAGUUUUACUUCCACAUUUUCUGCAACGAUCCGGCCCGAGAGUUUCGGCUCGUACCCGGCCAUCGGAAGCUGCUAAUGCAGAUGAGUGCCUACCUGAACUACACGAAUGCGACCAGCGAGCUGCAGCGAGUGGAUCCGAUCAUGAACAACCGGAUAGAACGCCCCCCGCCGGUCGAGCGGAUCGAACGGGUUGAGCGACCGGACCGCGUUACCGAUAUCAAUCUGGUGCGUGAAUUACGAGAGCAGCGUGCCCUCAUGCAGCAAUUACAGCUGCAGCAGCACCAGCAACAGCAGGACCUGGCCAAUCAACCACCAGAGAUUCUGCAGGACCACAUGCCGGAAGUGAAGAACAUCUCCACCAAAAAUCCGCCCUUUGCCUUUGAGCAGGCCACCGUUUAUCCGCCACUGAGUGACGAAGCUCGCGUUAAAAAAAUCCAAAAUAUUAUCAUCAAGUUAAUCGAAAUGUGGAGUGAUAAGCAACCGAUCAAGCUACAGCUAACAGAUGAGAUGAUCAACGUGACGUACGAGCUAAACGGCUACAACGCUUUCAUCAAGUGUCCAAUGUGCGCCGUGCAGAUCAAGGUGUCCAAGUUGCCCACCAAAAAAGGCGACCGGUUUGUGAUCUCAAACUUCUCGAAGCAUGUCAUCAAAAUGCACUUCUCACAGCAGCAACAGCAGCAGCUGUCGCAGUCUCAGCAGCAGCAGAUGAACGAUAGCAGCCGAUCGAGUUUGGAAAACUCGGCGUUUUUUGGCGGUGAAAACUCCGACAGCAAUAACUAUCCGUACGACGAGUUCGCAAUCAAGCGAGCCAGGAUGGAGGAAGAAGAGGACGACGAACCGGACAUCCUGCCGCAAAUGUUGCAUCCGUACGUCAGCAUCAAGGAUGAGGUGAUAGAACUGGAUGCAUAACUGCGGCUCUCAAAGUUUGUCUUAGGGUUGAUGCAAUCCAAUUUGUACUCGGUAUACUGGAAAUAGCUAAAUUAAUAGCGAAACAAGAUGGAAGCUACAGAGGACUCACUAGAUUUAGUGCGAGUAUUUAAACUAAUUUACACAAGAUAGAGAAUAGAUUUAACUGUUACAUGUAUAAGUGACGCAUCAUGGAUCAUGAAAGACUUUGCCUUUUUCGUUUAGUAUUCUGUUUCUACCGUUAAGGCUAUGAUGUGUAAAUAGGCUGAUAGGUUUAAAGCAAUUAUUACACUACACAACUGAUUCCAUUUUAUCAUCUUCCGAAUAUAAUAAAAUGUGCACCCUUUUGUA